UGGAUAGUAAUCGUAGAAACAACUACCGGAUAACUUCAACAAGUGUGCCGUGCGACUCCGAUUUCACUCGCGUCACGCACGUUCGCUUGCUCUUCCAUGGUUCUUGCGAUCGUUUGGUCCAAUAUUAAAUACUACCAGUAGAUGUCCUACUAAUACAUGCCUUUUGGUCCAAUUCGUAUAACAUAUUACCACUAUUCAUAACAAACUAAACUGCCCGGGUUUCGGAACAACAAAAAACAGUUUCCUAACUUAAUACCUCCAUGGUCCUAACUUAAAUCGUGUCGAUUUCAGCAAUAUUGACCCAUCAUUUAAAUCGUGGUUAUAAUUGUGCUUACUAAUCAUUUAAGCCAAAAAAUUGUAGUAUAUUGGUGAUAUUUCAUGUGUUAAUUACAAUGUUCCAAGUACGACCAAAACAUAAGAAGCCAAUUCGGUUUUAUUAAUUUUAUAACAAUCCUAAAUAAAUCUUCCCCAAGAUACACUUGUGAUAACUUGAGUAAAAUCCGUUUGAGUCAGUGAUUUUGAAACGGGAUAGGACCAAACCGUAAGAAGCUGAUGAACCAUGGUAAAUCUCCACUGGUAUAAAAUCCGUUGGGAUCAGUGAUUUGGAGACUGGAGACAGACUUUACACUAGAGUGAUGGUUAAGUGUUCUAUCGGCUAGUGGGUGAUAGUGAAAGUGCGCAGUUGCCGCGAUCAGCUGUUCCGUACGCUUUGAGGUCUCGCGCCGCCGACGACAUGGGCCAUGUGGAGAAUAUGCGGCGUCAGUAAGGUUGAGCCAGCGCUGUUCUGUAGGGGCAUUGAUGAUGACUUUCAGCCGACAUGGCGGCUGUGGGGCGAGGAGCGCGUGGACGGCGCCGUCUACACGGUCUACCUCAAGAAGGUGCGCUACCACCGCCCCACGCAGCGCGCAAACAGCGAGUCAGACGAUGAGAUCUCGCACCUGGAGUGGGAGACGGUGCGCGUUCGCUUCGUGAAGGCCGGCACCGUCGAGCGGCUCGUGGAGGCCCUGGCCACCGACGACGGCGAGCUCGAGUCCACUUAUGUCAACGUCUUCCUCGCUACGUACCGUUCGUUUGCCGAGUGUAUUCGAGUGCUGGAGCUGUUACUGCGCCGGUACGAGGCGCUGGCGGCGGAGGACGUGCUGCCCGCGGCCCUCGACACGUCGCAGCAACACAGAAAGACUCUGGUGGCGUGCCUGCACGUGUGGCUGGACACGUACCCGGAGGACUUCCGCCAGCCCCCGCACCACCCCGCACUGCAGCAACUCCUCGCCUUCACGCAGCGCCAUCUGCCCGGCUCGGAGCUGCACUCGAAGGUGUUGCAGAAGUUAGCGAUAUUCAGUGCUGAACGAAAUGGCUGCGCUGGCGGUGGCGGCGGCGGCGGCGGCGGCGGCGGGGUGUGCCUGGCGCCCGGCAUGCGCGUGCCGGCGCACCACACCAGCGCCUACCGCCUGCCUCACGUGCCGCACAGGCACUUCGCCGAGCAGCUCACGCGCAUGGACAUGGAGCUGUUCAAGCGGCUCGUGCCCCACCAGUGCCUCGGCGCCAUCUGGUCGCGCCGGGACAAGGACCGCUCCCACGACGCCGCCACCGUGCUGGCCACCGUCAACCAGUUCAACGCGGUCUCCUUCCGAGUCAUCUCCACCGUCCUCGUCGAGCCCAACCUGAGGCCCGUCGACCGAUCCGAUAUACUCGCGGCGUGGCUCGACAUCGCCCGCGAAUUGAGGGUUCUCAAAAACUUUUCAUCUUUGAAGGCCAUAAUUUCCGGAUUACAAAGUAAUCCCGUGUAUAGGUUAAGGAAAACUUGGGCAUUGCUGUCCAAGGAGAAAUCAGAAUUGUUCGAGGAACUCGCCAGAAUAUUCAGCGAGGAUAACAAUCGGUGGGCGCAGCGGGAGCUGUUGAUGAGGGAGGGCACUGCCAAAUUUGCCGACACGGUCGGUGAAAACGAUCGACAAUUGCAGAAGCUGCUUCACGAACGCGGCUCCCCGGGCGUCAGCCACGGUACCAUUCCGUAUCUAGGAACAUUUUUAACAGAUCUCACGAUGAUCGACACAGCCAUUCCCGACACAGUUGCCGACGGACUGAUAAACUUCGACAAGAGAAGAAAAGAGUUCGAAGUGCUAGCUCAAAUUAAGUUACUACAAGGUGCUGCAAACGCAUACCACUUGCCUACCGACCCCAUGUUCGACAGAUGGUUCGACUCAGUCAUAGUUCUCGACGACAGGGAGGCGUAUCAGCUGUCCUGUCAGAUCGAACCACCGACCAAUCCACCGAAAGAGCGACGCGCUAAGAAGAUAAACGAGAACAACAACCAUUGUCAUAGAAAAAAUGACUCCAUCGCGAGUACUAGUUCUAGUAAUAGCUCCCAAUUUUACUGUGAGACGGACGGUGCUGUCGCUUGGAAGAGAGAUAGCUUAGAGCGGCGAACGUCUCCUACUAGAUUAUCACACGGUUCCUCUUCAUCAUCGUUGCCAUCUUUAGAUAUAUCGGUUUCAAGCGCGAACAGCGGCCAGAAACAGGCGAACGGCAAAGUAGUGGCUAAUAGUCCUGCCCAUGCGAACACUCGGACUGGCCCAGACUUCUACAUAAUCAGAGUGACGUACGAGUCGGACUGCGUGGAGACGGAGGGCGUGGUGCUGUACAAGUCCAUCAUGUUGAGCAACAACGAGCGCACGCCGCAGGUGGUGCGCAACGCCAUGCUCAAACUGAAUCUCGACGGUGAUCCUGACGCAUACACUUUGGCUCAAGUGUUACCUGAUAAAGAAAUGGUGUUGCCAGCAAACGCGAAUGUGUACUACGCAGUGAACACGGCGUACAACUUAAACUUCAUACUAAGACCGAGAAAAAACCAGAAAGACGAACCUAUUGUGAACGGAAAAGCCAGAAACAAAAGGACUUGAUUAUACCUCAACAUACAAAAAUUGUUUUGCUGUUCGUUUCAUGUGUAAAUAACACCAUAUCUGUGUAAAAGGAUAUUUUCAUGACAACAUCAAAAACAAAGGACAUUUUAAUUACAUACUUGUGUAAAAUUAUUCAUUACUUCCAUAAAAUAAUUAAUAAUCUAAUCAUACAAAUCAUAGUUGAAACGCUUGUGAAUAUUGUCGGAGUAUACUUCCGCUAGCCCGCAUUGUAGCAGUAUGGUGGUCUAAGUUUCAUAUCACUCCUCUAUUCUUAAGGGAUAUGAAACUAGGCCUGACCUUGGCCUUUAAAAUAGGCCGAUGAUUUUGAAUGAGACAAGCUCAUGGCUAAAGGUCCCGUAUGGGUUUGAAACUUGUCAGGCAUACUCUUACGAUAAUCACGUGAGUUUUAACAGUGUUUUAUAUUUAUUACAUUAAUAAAGAUAUUAUAUGUAUAGUAUUUUAUCUUGUGCCUAUCAUUAACACUAUUGAAAAUGGUUGAAUGUUGUACUUAGCAUUGCAUGUAUGUAUUUUUUCUGUAUUAUUAUUAAGUUAUUUCGAAGUUUUUUCUUUAUUUUAUUUUGUAAAUGAAAUUCUCUAUAAUAAUAUAGGUAUUUAUAAUAUUAUUAGUUGGUAUAACCUAUAAUAAUAUAGGUUAUACCAACCUUUUUUUAUAUUUAAAUUUUUGAAACAUAACGUUAUUUUUCAAGAUGAGAUGAGAAGAUUAUAGAGAAUUUCAUUAACUUGGAUAAUGUAGGUUUGCCCACUCACAUGUCAGUCACAGUCAGCACAACUAAAAGCAUGUAAAAAUUUGGGCAAAUAUUUAAAAAAUAAUAAAAGAAACAUAGCAAUUGCUCACCCAAGCUCUCUGAGAAGAUCUCUCAUUCUUUUGGACGAAAAAAUGUAUAUGUUUGUUGCAAUCGGUCGAAUUUGGUCAACGACACAUGAGUAAUCGUACUUUGCGUACUUCGUGCGUAUACCUAGUCUUUUUCAUUUCGGAGGUCAGAGUGACUGAAAGUAGAGACAAGAGUCGCUUAGGAAAUAAAAAAAAUCUACUAAAGUUUGUUAAAAUACGCAUUGAUUACGUGAAAACAUUAUUAAUAUUACUUAUAUAAAACUAGCUGACGCCGCGCGGUGAUAAUAUAUAGCCUUCCUCGAUAAAUGGGACUAUCUCUAACACUGAAAAAUUUUUUAAUCAGACCUAAGAGUAGUUCCUGAGAUUAACGCGUUCAAUCAAUCAAACAAACAAACAAACAAACUCUUUGGCUUUAUAAUAUAUAGAUGUAAUAUAUGUAUCAAACUGAGUUAUUACAAUACUUUUACUUAAUUUUUGGAAUCGCCUUCCGAAUGUUUUUUUUUUAAUUUGCUGGUCGAUUUUGGUCUCUGCUUUCAUUAACCAAAUUCUUGUAGGUACAGGUGUACAGACAAGCUAAAACGUUAUUAAACAAGUAGCUAGCGGACGCCCAUGACUUUGGCCGUCCUUAGACCUCCUUAAUCAGGCCCUGUCGCUAAAUCCGUGUCGCUUUUGUAGAAAAUUUAGAUUAUCAUUUGCUUGUGAAUGGUUGCGAAGGGUUUUUGUUUAACGUGUUUCUAUGUCAUAAUAUCUGUAAUAAUAAUAAAAAGAAACAAUCAAUUUCUGCUGUGUCGACGUCAGACAUUAGUACUGUUAUCUUACUGCUACACCCAAAGUCUAUAUAUGGAAUAUGUAGUGCCAUUAUGAGUAACUUAUAUGGGCCUGUAGCCAUGUGGCACGUCGAUUCUCUGUCUACCAACGCUAACGCUUCGAAAACUAACAAAAUGUAUGGGAUUUACGAUCGAAAACUCCCAGUAAUAAAAUAAUACCCAUACUUUUUUUUUAAUUUUCGAAGCGUUUAAAAAAAGAGAAUCGACGGGUUACAGGUCCUGACCAUUUGAGGGUGCUUUUAUUAUAAUGUUUUUCAAAAUGGCGACCGUCGCGACGUUAAAGCCUGGCCGUUUAGAGAUUGCGUUUCUGACAGGUCUGUCAUGAGAGAGAGACAAAAAACGAAGCAAUUCUAAUUUAAUAUGUUUCUCCUAUUCGCACGACCUGUCUGAAACGAAAUCUCUGACAGGCCGUACAGAUUACUUUAGUGUUUUAGUCGAGUACGAACAAUUUUUGAGUGGUUAAUCCAAAAAUUGUUCGUACUCAAUUCAAAUACUAAAGUAGUCCGCACUGGGCAUGAGCGGCGAGACUUUAGUUCGAGUACUGCGUUAGUUUCAGUUUAUAAGUUUGAUUGUUUCACGGUAUACCAUAAUGUACAAAUGACGUUUGAAUAUUUAUUGUUUUUUUUAACGAAUGAGAGAUCACUGGCAUGCCCUUCAUGUGUGCAAAAAUGUCUUGCCUACUCUAAGGACUCUUAUUGAAGAAGGAAUAUUUCAUUUUGUACAAUUUAUAAGAAUAAUUGUAGUGCAUAUCCUAAAUAAAAACCUAGGGCACGCCACUUGUAAGAGUGUAUAAACUUAUUGUUUAAUACUUUUUAUAUAAUAUGUACCAAUGUUAUACUUAUAUGUACUCAUAUGUGUGUGUAAAUAACAUGCUCUCAAUGCCACCUGUAAAAUUAAGUGUUAUAUAUUUCGGAUUACCUUUUUUGUGAUCGUUUAUCCGUAUUUGUAUAUAUUGAUUUAAGAUAUUAUAUAUAUAAAUAAGAAUCUCUUUGUAGUAAUAAUACUAAGCCAAAGGCGAUAUAUUUGUAUGUAAAGGCAAGGUGCUGUAUAUCUUUUUGUAUGAUAAAUUUAGAAGCUUUAAAAUUUAAUACGUUUUAUAAACCGAAUUUCAACUCGUUUAAUAUUUAUGUAUGAUGUUUUAUAUGCUAAAUAAUGUAACUCAUAAACGCAUCGUCAAAAUUUAAAACAUAGGUAAAUAAUAUAGAGGUAUGAUUAAUAAAAAUAUGAAAUGAAAGACUUACUAGCUAAUUCACUUUUACACAAAUUGUGUAAUAUAAACUCAAUUUGAACUGCAUUUGUAAUUUGUAUAUGUAAUGUGCCUAUAUUAUAUUUAUAUUCUUAUUUUGGGGCUUAUUCUUAUAACUGACUUAAUACUCCACUACAGUGGUUCCUAACCUCUUUUGUCCGAUUUUGUCAUCUUUAUACCUAAGCUAAGAAAAUUUACCAUGUACCUAUAAUAAAUAAUUCUGCAAACAUACUGAACAAAGAACCGGAUGAUAAAAAUAAUUAAUUACAUUUAAUUAAACUUCACACAGAAAAACUUGCCAUAUGAUAUGAUUUGUUUAAAAUAAUCUUUGUAUUCUAUUACCUUCAGUCUAUUUGAACAACGGCAAGAAGAAUAGUCGCCAGUAGGGACUGUUUUGGCUAGAAAUUAUCGGCUUGAGAAAUAAAUUAUAGUUCAAAAUUCGGCCAGAAUAGCGCUGCAGUCAACCGAGGUUACGUAGACAGUGAAGUCAAUAGACAUAUAUACUAUUGCAUUUCCUCAAAUAAAAAUAAGAGACCAAUUAGUUCAUGGAUUCUGUAAAAAACGAAACAAUUUUGAGUUAAGCCGGUUUUUAAACCUUAAUUAUUUAAGUAUUCUAAAUUAAUUUGUAAAUAUAAUCUUCACCAGUUACUAUUCGUGUUUUUUAAAAACCCAUUUGCCACUGUGGCGCCAUUUUAACGCAUUACAACGGAAACUUUUUUAUACAUGUAGAUAGUUAUCCGUAGCUCUACUCCCCAUAGUCGGGAUACCCAGGUUAGGAACCAUAUCUCUUCUAUAUGAAACGUGUUCAUGUUACCCAUGUAUGUAAAAGCGUCCUCAGAAUGAUAUUAUACAUAGCUGUGUUUGUAAAUAAAGUAGAUUUGUACUUUGUAGCUGUUAACCGUGAACUUUUGUAGAUCACCAAUGGCCCCGUGUAACGUGUUAUAUAUUUUUGUGUAAUAAAACUAUUAAUAAUUAA